AUGGCACAAGAUCAUAGUCUAGAUCCUACUAUACCAUCGACAAGUUAUAUGGAGGCUUACGGAAUCGAACCCGACGAGUUUGAAAUUCUGGAGACCGACCCAUUCACGCGUCUUAGAACAUUAGGAGGUAAAAAUUCGGGGGCCCGGAAGGUCUGUGAAGUUAAGCACAACGAUAGUGGAAAGGUCUAUGCCCGCAAGGAAUUUGAAUUCUGGGUACGUGACAAUCACGAAUUGGCUAAGAAGGUUCAGAAGGAAGCCUCCAUCAUCAAAGAUAUUCGGCAUCAGCACAUUGUUCAACAUUGGGGAAUUCACCGUAUCGAAAAAGAAAAAAUGUUUGGUCUUCUAAUACGCCCAGUCGCCGACAAAAGCCUUGCGGAGUUUUUCAAACAGGUGGAGGGAGAAAAAGACACGGAUAAGAGGCUUGAAUACUAUAAAGCCAUGUGCCAAUGGCCUAUGUGUCUCUUCCAAGCUUUGGAUUAUUUACAUGAAGCAAAAAUCCGCCAUAAGGAUAUAAAGCCUAGCAAUAUCCUCAUCAAGGACAACCGCGUCUAUCUUGCUGAUUUCGGAAUAUCAAAAAGUUUUCGCGAUGCAGCCACAUCUAAAACACAAAGCCAAGAUCGUACACGCACUGACCGUUAUAUGGCUCCCGAGACCGACAAUGAUGAGCUUCGUGGCAGGGCUACGGACGUCUGGGCGUUGGGCUGUACCGUACUGGAGAUUUGCACCGUUGCAUCGGGCAAUACCAUAGAGCAAUUGAAUAGCCAUCUCAAUAAAGGUAGCCGGAAAACGUAUUUCUACAAAUCUCCCUACCACGUGUUGGACUGGAUAUUUCUUCUCUUGUCAUCGCCCGGUGUAGACACCCAAGUUGGGCAACACAUUCAGAAGAUACUGCAGCUGGCAUUCAUUAUGCUUGAUCCCGACGACAAGAAAAGAGUCACCAUGAAACAGCUCCUUUCUUUGCUAAACCGUCUAGAUUCGGAAUACUUCCGUUCUAUCGUUUGCUUGGCUUGUGACAAAUGCCAAGAUGCAUCUAAAAAGCAGAAUUACGAUGCUCAAUUCGAUUAUACCUUCAAGAAGACUAGUAGAGGUGUGUACAUACCGUCGAAAAAUGGUAUUACAUCUCAGACAGAGGCGCCCUGGGAGGUAUUCAAGCAGAGAUGGCUCGAGAUUCGUAUUAAUUAG